AUGAUCUUAGGCGCCUUAGAACGCGCCCUUGCCUCUACCGAGUCCUCCUUUCUGACGCGAGUUAAAGACGUCUCUAAAGACCAGCCGGAGUACGCGGUAGGAGGGGCGUCUUUAGUUGCUGCUAUAGUCACAGCCACGGAUGUUUAUGUGAUUAAUUUGGGGGAUAGUAGGGCUGUGAUUGUACGGGGGGAAGAGGUGGGGAGGGGAUGGCGGGGGGUGUUGAGGAAGGGGGCGGGAGUGGGAGGGGGAGGGAGUGCUAGCCUUGUGAGCGGAAGGAGGAGAAGCGGGGAAGGGGGACGUGGGCGAGGGGGAAGUGGGGGAUGGGGGAGUGGUGGAAGAGGGGAGGGAGAGGGGAGUGGUAGCAGCAAAGGGAGUGGCAGAAGAGAGAAAGUGGGGGAAACGGGGGAUAUAUGGGAGAAGGGGGAGAAGUGGGAGAGGGGUGAGAUUAGUGGGGCUGUUGGGGCAAUGGAAAGUGCGGGAAGCAGGGGUGCAGGAGGAGGGGAAGCAGGAGGAGGGGAGAAGGGAGGAGGCAGAGGAGGGGGAGUGUGGAGGUGGAAGGCAGAGAGACUGACAGUGGACCAUAACACGAGCAAUGCUGCUGAGGUGCGGCGGGUGCAGCAGGCACAUGCAGACAGUGACGUCAUCAAGAGGGGGCGUCUAAAGGGCAAGAUCAAGCUCACACGCGCCUUUGGUGCAGCUUACCUCAAGGACGUGAGUGCUUACCUCAAGGACGUGAGUGCUUACCUCAAGGACGUGAGUGCUUACCUCAAGGACGUGAGUGCUUACCUCAAGGACGUGAGUGCUUACCUCAAGGACCCACUUCCUCCCCUCUUUUCUCACCUCCCUAUCGCCCCUCACUGCAGCAAACAAUCAACGAUGCCCUGCUGGGCAUGUUCCGAGUCAAGUACCAAGCCUCAGCUUCAGCUUCGGAACCAUACCUCUCCUCCUUGCCGCACCUCCACCACGUGCGAAUCUCACCGUCGGAUCGGCUCCUCAUCCUCUCAUCCGACGGUCUGUAUCAGCACAUGCAAACCAAGGACGUUUCCCACUGCCUCGGCCCCACCCUAG